AUAUUAAGUGGGUGGAGCCAAGAAUUUCUUUUCAUCAUCACAGAGGAAAUGAACAUUUACAGCGAGAAACCAACAAACUAAGAAUGACUCUACUGCUGGAAAUAAUUCUUAUUUUCAUGCUUCAGUCUGGAGGAAUUAGUGGAAAAAAUGAGGAACUCAUUAAAAGAGUUGGAGAAGACGUCUUUUUACAUUGUAAUGUGGAUGCAUCCUCCAACCAAUGCUCUGAUAUUAGAUGGCUGUACAACAGACAUUCAAGCACUAAUACAGAAGAAAUAACCAACACAGAAAAUGAAGACCAGAGUUCAGCUAGAGCUUCCAGGCUGAGUGUGAGCAGUGACUGCUCUCUGCUCAUCACAAACAUCACUGAUGAAGAUGCUGGUCGAUAUGAAUGUAAAACCAAGAGUGGCUCACAUGCUAUUGUGUAUCUUAAUAUUUUGAGCAUUUCUUCAUCCCCAUCAGAUGUUUAUGGGAGAGUCGACCUAACAUGCUCAUUACUGUGUUUUGGAUUUUCUUACUGUAAACAGAACAGCAUCAUCUGGAUGAAUGAGACGGGAUCUCAACUGUCUGGUAAUAAUCCUGAGUUUGAGGGUAAAAAACAAACAAACUGUGUUUCUGUUCUGACUGUGAAACAUCAGAGUGGAAACAACAAAAGAUUCACCUGCAAGUUUGUUAAAGAUGAAGAAGUGAAGAUAGAUGCUGACUACGUUCUAACAGACAUCAGUGGACAAACUAAACAUCUCUAUCAAAGAGUUGGAGAUGACGUCCUUUUACCUUGUGGAACUAAAUCCUCCUCUUCCUCAUGUUCUGAUGUUAACUGGCUGUACCAGAAAGAUCCAAAUGCAGCAUCAAUAACUGAAGUAAAGAAUGGAAAUGUUGUCCAGAGUUCAGCUAGAGCUUCCAGGCUGAGUGUGAGCAGUGACUGCUCUCUGCUCAUCACAAACAUCACUGAUGAAGAUGCUGGUCGAUUUCUCUGUCGGCUCAGGAACAAGAAUGAGUUUGAGGCGUAUCUUAAUACUUUGAGCAACUCUUCGUCUCCUUCAGAUGUUUAUGGAAGAGUCGACCUAACAUGCUCAUUAAAGAGUUUUAAUGGACCAAAUGCCUGUAAUGAAAACAGCUUCAUCUGGAUGGAUGAGACAGGAUCUCAACUGUCUGGUAAAAAUCCAGAGUUUGAAGUUAAAAAACAAACAAACUGUGAUUCUGUUCUGACUGUGAAACAUCAGAGUGGAAACAACAAAAGAUUCACCUGCAAGUUUGUUAAAGAUGAUGAAGUGAAGAUAGAUGCUGUCUACGUUCUAACAGACAUCAGUGGACAAACUAAACAUCUCUAUCAAAGAGUUGGAGAUGACGUCCUUUUACCUUGUAGAACUAAAUCCUCCUCUUCCUCAUGUUCUGAUGUUAACUGGCUGUACCAGAAAGAUCCAAAUGCAGCAUCAAUAACAGAAGUAAAGAAUGGAAAUGUUGUCCAGAGUUCAGCUAGAGCUUCCAGGCUGAGUGUGAGCAGUGACUGCUCUCUGCUCAUCACAAACAUCACUGAUGAAGAUGCUGGUCGAUUUCUCUGUCGGCUCAGGAACAAGAAUGAGUUUGAGGUGUAUCUUAAUACUUUGAGCAUUUCUAAAGAUCCACCAGAAGUUCAUCCAAGAGGAAAUGGAAGUGUUACAUUACAGUGUUCACUGAAUAGACAUGAUAGAACAAUUCCCUGUAAACAGAACAGCAUCAUCUGGGUGGAUGAGACAGGAUCUCACCUGUCUGGUGAAGGUGUUGGGUUGGAGUUUAGAGGACAAACAAACUGUGAUUCUGUUCUGAUUGUGAAACAUCAGAGUGGAAACAACAAAAGAUUCACCUGCAAGUUUGUUGAAGAUGAUGAAGUGAAGAUAGAUGCUGUCUAUGUUCUGGACUUUUCAGAUGUUUCUGGUCACAACAUCAUCAUCAUCGUUGGAGCCGUGAUGAAGGUGGUGUUGAUGUUUGUGGGUGUGGUUGCUGCUCUGGUCUACAUGUACAGGAGGAGAACCAAAGAGAACGAGGACCAGAGAACUAGAAGAAGGAGAAGAACUGUGGAUGGUGAUGAAGACGAUCUGUGAAGAAAAGAAGCAGAAAACUCUUCUUAGAACAAA